AUGGCUCACCAGCGCAACCAGCCCUCGAUGGGCGACUCGCUCAAGACACCUCAUUCGGUGAGCCUAAAGGUGCUGAGAUUGUCACGUCCAUCGCUCGCAACACAGUACCCGCUGCCGAACUCGCAGGAGCUUGGAAUCUCGCCCAAAGCCUCGCUCGCAUAUCCAUCCGACCAUAACACGGCCGACAGGUUCAUUCUCAGUCCGGCUCUGAGCCUCCCCGAGGCUUUUGGCAGCGCCUAUGUCGGCGAAACGUUCUCGUGUACGCUAUGCGCCAACAACGAACUGCUUCCCUCGGACAACACCAAAGCAAUCAGUGGCGUGAGGAUACAAGGCGACAUGCAGACUCCGUCGAACCCCACAGGCGCGCCUUUGGACCUCGCCGGUGCCGACGGCGAGCUUGACGGCGACAUGUCUCCCGCGCCCGGCGAGUCACUGCAGCGCAUACUGAGAUUCGAGCUGAAGGAAGAAGGCAACCAUGUCCUGGCGGUCACAGUCACAUACACAGAAACACUGCUUGGAGAGGGCAGGGCUUCCGGUGGCCGAGUGCGAACAUUCCGGAAGCUAUACCAGUUUGUUGCGCAGCAGCUACUGAGCGUGCGCACCAAAGCUGGGGGGCUGAGCCAGAGAGACGGCGUGUCCAGAUACCUCCUGGAAGCACAGUUGGAGAAUAUGGGCGAGGCUGCUGUAUGCUUGGAGGUACGUCUACCAGCUACGCAAUUUUGUUUACAAACGUUCGACUGCACGCGUCUCCGCAAGCUUCAUCAAACUCAAACACCUCCCCUGCAACCGCAUAAUGGUUACCAUCUAUUGCAACACUAGCCCCUUGAUGAUGCAUGCACGAUUUUCGCGCAUCAUGCAUGCGGGCCCGGUGUUUCUCGAAGAGCCCGUCCCAUCCCUCCACCACCGUCAACCAGAAACCUGGGUGUACAGGCGUGCGCGACUGACACACGACAGGCAGUCAGCGUGAAUCCAAAGCCGCCCCUGAAAUCGACAUCUCUGAACUGGGACAUGCCUGCUCCAGGAUCUGACCAAGCCAACGCCCCUAUACUAACGCCUCGCGAUGUCAUACAAGUAGCUUUCCUUCUCGAGCAGCCAGACGUCGAUGAGUCGCGUGACGAUGCCUCAACGGCAGCAGGUGGCGGCAAGAAGGUUCUCGGACAGCUGGCCAUUCAGUGGCGGAGCCCACUGGGCGACCGAGGAUCUUUGAGCACCGGUUGGCUGACGAGCCGACGAUGA